AUGAAGCUCGCCGUUCUCUCCCCCGCUUGCCUUCUGGUCGGCCUCCUCGGCCAGCCUGAGGAGACCGUUGCCCUUCGCAGCAAAGCACUUGCCACCUCUGAGAACUCGGUUGAUGCUACCGCCCUGUCUGAGAGGCACGUGCGGAAUUUGAACAUGGAUAACAACUGGUGGCACGAUAAGGAAUUCGCAGCUCGCGCGUGUCUCAUGCAUGAUGUUGACACGCCGACACCUACGCUCUAUACUGACGACAAUCGUGACCAGGAGGGGUGCCGCGUGUGGUGCGAAAACGAACCUCAGUGCAAUCACUGGACAUUCAACCCUCAACUAAGGAGGUGUUUUCUGAAGAAAGGUCCCUUGCAUACUGAGGCUCGUAAAGGAUAUAUUAGUGCACCCCGGGUCUGCGACAACAGUGCCAUGACGAACUUCGGAUGGGGAUCAACAGCCCCAGAGAUCGACGUGACUCCUGCUGACUUCGCUCUCCAAUGCCGCGAGAAAUGCGAGGCGAAUCCCGGUUGCUCGCAUUUCACUUGGAAUAAGAACUCAAAGAAGUGUUAUUUGAAGAAUGGCAGAGCUCACCUGAGGCAGUACAACGGCGAUGAGACCAGUGUUCCUUGCGUGUGGUAUAACAUUGGAUCGCGGACUUCAGACGAGAGAGUGUUCCACAACAUCACCACCAUGUACCAAUGCCUCCUCCUGUGCCAGACCCACGAUUGGUGCACGCAUGCGACCUGGAACGUCGAUUCCAAGAACUGCUUCAUGAAGAAGGGCGAGCCCCUGACAGUCUCGUACCAAGGUGACAUAACGAUUCGGAGUAGCUGUAUGCGCCUCCUUUAA